AUGCCAGGCUACAACCCCCAUAUUUUCCAGCCCCUGGAACGAGUGGGCCAGUAUGCGUGCAUCAACCGCAAAUGGCAGAUGGUCGUUGAGCGUCACACCUUCUCAACGCUGGAUCUGACCACACUGGAGCGAUUGACGCAGUUCGAGCAGAUAGUGGCCAAAAAUCUCCAGCGCCGUGCCUAUGUGCACAGAAUCAAUCUGGUGGUCCAGCUGGAGGCGUACGAUCUCAUGGCCCGUGCAAGGUUUUGA